UGUGCAUUCUCCCCGCGGAUCAUCGUCACGAUCACACCUAUCUAUAUUCGCAUUAUAGUUUUGUGAGAUCGAUUAAGAUAAUUAAUAAGGGAGAAGCUCGAAAUUAUCGCGCAUCACGAUGGAGGCGAUCAAGAAGAAAAUCGCGGCGCUGAAGCUAGAGAUGGACGUUGCAAGUGAGAAGGUCGAAGUUAAUGAGACGAAAGCGAAACAGGAGAAUAUAAGAGCCGACAGGCUAAACGAUGACCUUAGGGAUCUAGAGAAAAAAUUGGUCCAAAUGGAACGCGAUUAUAGUGUCACAAAAGCUAACUUGGAGCAAUCGACCGCCGAUCUGGAGCAGUGCGAAAAAUCUUGGUCUAAAGCUGAGCAAGAUCGUACUAUUUUGACAAAGAAAGUACAGGAGAUCGAAGCCAGUCUUCACAAAAAGGAGGAAUUGCGUCUUUCUGCUCAGACAAAACUGGCACGUGCAACUGAACUCGCGGACGACGCGCAAAGAAUGUGUAACGUUCUGGCGGAUAGAAGUCGUUUGGACGAAGAACGUAUGGGAAAAUUGAUGUCGGAGCUGAAGGAUGCAAGAUUAAUUGCCGAGGAUGCCGACGCAAAAUCUGAUGAAAUAGCUAGGAAAUUACAGUUUGUGGAAGAAGAGUUGGAAGCUGCUGAAGAAAGAGUGAAAACCAGCGAAGCCAAAAUUAUAGAACGCGAGGACGAACUCUUCAUCGUACAAAAUAUUGUGAAAUCUCUCGAAGUAUCUGAGGAAAAGGCGAAUCAACGAGUAGAAGAGUUUAAAAUACAACUGAAAUCCUUGAAAAAGAAAUUGAAGGAGGCGGAGAAACGCGCGAUUACUGCCGAAAGGACGGUUAAGACCUUGCUAAAGGAAGUGGAUAUGAAGGAAGAUGAGCUAAGGGAAGAGAAGGAAAAAUACAAGGCAGUCUGCGACGAUAUGGACUUGACGUUUGCCGAAAUGACAGGAUAUUAAAAUUCUGCGAACGAAUUUGAAUUGAUUCUCGCUGUUACUCCUACGCUUUUUUCGUUUAUUCGCUAUCGUCUAACACAAACAUUUCAUUAUUUCGAUCUGCUGUGCUUAGACGCUGCGCAAUGCUGAUUUGUUUUAUAAUAUAAAGUGCCAUGAGCGAAAUUAGGAAUAAUCCGCUUCGCGCAAUAAUCUACUGAUAAAUAAGGCAAUACAAGUAUCGCUUGCUAUUAUAAUUGCUUCGCUUUGUGUAACGCUUUGCCAACUGGUUCACGGUCGCUCGUAGUCCGUGUCGAUUGAAGAUUGAUGAUUUCAUCUAUUUUUUCUUUCAGAGGCAUUGGAGGGAUUUAUUACCGUCCAUUACGCGCAAAUGAAAUUAUGAUAUUGCGGAUCCUUUUUAUCGUUCUACGUAAAAUCUGUAUUUUCAAUAAACGAUACCACAAAUUAUCCUGA